UUUUUGUAAGAAACCUAACAAUUAAGGAAAAAAAAAAGGGAUGAAAAGAUGGAGUAUAGCACUCAUCAACCUUUGGUCGGAGUGAAGUCGUUAUUAUGGUGAAACCGAGUUAAAAUUAUAAAAAUCCAAUCUUCGAUUCGCAUUAACACACACGACACGCCCUCUCUUCUUCUUUCUUCUUCUUGUUCUCCUUUGCCUUCCGAUCUACAACAACAGACUACAGCUGUACAUUUCUGUACCCACCGCCAACUCCCAGCGCCGACAUUAUCUUCAAUAUCUUCUCCAUCUAAAUCUCUCUCUGUGUUGUUUCUUUGUAAACUCGAUCGAACGUGCUCUCUCUCUCUCUCUCUCUCUCUCUCUCUCAACUCACUCCGAGUCGCUUGCCUAUUUGGGUAUUUGCAGUUUUGUAACAGUAAUGAUACACUCAAAGCCUGUGAGCGGAGAAGCUUUUUAGGGUUUUUGCUUCUGGGUUUCUCAGCCAUGGCGACUGAGGGUCAGAGCCCCCCGAUGAGCUGGAGAGAUUCCUACAGGGGCAUGUCCUCUGACAACAUCAAGGGUUUGAUUCUUGCUUUAUCUUCGAGCUUGUUUAUUGGUGCUAGUUUCAUUGUCAAAAAGAAGGGUUUGAAAAAGGCCGGGGCUUCUGGCAUCAGAGCAGGAGUUGGAGGAUAUUCUUACCUCUAUGAGCCACUUUGGUGGGUGGGCAUGAUAACAAUGAUCGUUGGGGAAAUUGCUAAUUUUGCGGCUUAUGCAUUUGCGCCAGCUAUACUAGUAACUCCUCUUGGUGCUCUCAGCAUAAUUAUCAGUGCUGUGCUUGCACAUAUUAUUUUACGUGAGAGACUUCAUAUUUUUGGGAUUCUUGGUUGCGCUCUAUGUGUUGUGGGUUCUACAACAAUUGUGUUACAUGCUCCUCAAGAACGUGGUAUUGAAUCUGUAACAGAAGUUUGGGAUCUUGCCAUGGAACCAGGUUUUCUCUUGUAUGCAGCUUUGGUCAUAACUGCUGUGUUUAUUCUUAUAUUCCACUUUAUCCCGCAAUAUGGCCAGACACACAUAAUGGUCUACAUUGGAGUUUGUUCCCUUGUAGGUUCCUUGUCGGUCAUGAGUGUCAAAGCCCUUGGAAUUGCUUUGAAGUUGACAUUAUCGGGCAUGAAUCAACUAGUUUAUCCCCAAACUUGGGUCUUCACUUUAGUUGUCAUUACAUGUGUGCUUACCCAAAUGAAUUAUUUGAACAAGGCACUUGAUACUUUCAACACAGCUGUGGUAUCUCCGAUAUACUAUGUUAUGUUCACAUCACUAACUAUUCUGGCUAGCGUUAUCAUGUUUAAGGAUUGGGACAGACAGAGUCCAACCCAGGUUAUCACGGAAAUGUGUGGGUUUGUGACUAUCCUUGGAGGAACUUUUCUGCUUCACAGAACGAAGGAUAUGGUUGAUGGUUUGCCAACAUCAAUGUCCUCCAUGCGACUAUCGAAGCAUGCAGACGAGGAUGGAAUUGAUGGUGAAGGCAUCCCUCUUAGACGGCAGGAUAGCUCGAGAUCACCAUGAUGCAUUCUUUAGCUCACAUCUGCCAUUCCCACAAGCUUGCAUGCUUAUUUUUGGGGGACGUUGCUAAGUGUACCUGUACUUUAUGGAGCAUCGUAUCUACCCCAUCCUACCCAAUCUUAUAUAUUUUUUUGGAUAGCUUCAGAGAUUGGUAAGAGUUUUCCCCCUUUUUUGUUUAUUUUCGCUGAUUGGCUUUACAGUUACUGCUUUUAGCAAUAUCAUUGUAUACUCUCUCCCCACUCCUUGACAAAGAGAUUGGCCAAUUGUAAUUUUACGCAAAUUGGUUCCGCGGUGUAUCUUUUGGCUAACAUUUGCCAUUCAAUGGAUUUUUAAAGAAAA